AUGAAACUUGUGAAAACACAAAUGCAAUCGGUAACCGUUCACGAUAAUGUAAUCGAAGGCUGUGGUGGAGCAAUUCAACUUUCUAUAGAAAUUCCCUAUUCACUUAGUGGUGUGGCUCGAGAAGAAAUCACAUCGUCUGGAUGGGCGGUCCUGCACUUGCCGAUACCAUCAUUUGAACACUUGAGCAUUUCCUGGGCCUAUACGAUUUUUGUGGAGCGCCGAUUCUAG